CCCAGUGCCUGGAUGGGAUUGACUAUGAUGACUUCAGUUUCGGCUCCCACAUGGUGGAACAGAAGGAGCCCCUGAUGGAGACGGUGGAAGGUCCCUACCUUGUCAUCAUUGAGCAGCCAAAGCAGCGGGGGUUCCGGUUUCGGUAUGGCUGCGAGGGCCCUUCGCACGGGGGGCUGCCCGGAGCAUCCAGCGAGAAGGGGCGCAAGACGUACCCCACCGUCAAGAUCUGCAACUACACAGGGAUGGCCCGGAUCGAGGUGGACCUGGUGACGCACAGCGACCCUCCCCGCGUGCAUGCCCACAGCCUCGUGGGCAAGCAGUGCAACGAGGCUGGAAACUGCAUUGCAAUCGUGGGACCCAAGGACAUGACGGCUCAGUUCAGCAACCUGGGUGUGCUCCAUGUCACCAAGAAGAAUAUGAUGGAGAUCAUGAAGGAAAAGCUGAAGCAGCAGAAGAUGCGCACCAGAAGCCAUCUGCUGACAGAAGCAGAGCUGCGUGAGAUUGAGCUAGAGGCAAAGGAGCUGAAGAAGGUGAUGGACCUCAGCAUCGUGCGGUUGCGCUUCACCGCCUACCUCCGUGACAGCAGUGGGAACUUCACGCUGGCCCUCCAACCUGUGAUCUCAGACCCCAUCCAUGACAGCAAGUCCCCAGGAGCUUCCAACCUGAAGAUCUCACGGAUGGAUAAGACGGCAGGCUCUGUGCGGGGAGGGGAUGAGGUCUACUUGCUGUGUGAUAAAGUUCAGAAAGAUGACAUCGAGGUGCGUUUCUAUGAGGAUGAUGAGAACGGCUGGCAGGCCUUUGGGGACUUCUCCCCCACUGACGUACACAAGCAGUAUGCCAUCGUCUUCCGCACGCCCCCCUACCACAAGCCCAAGAUCGACCGUCCUGUCACUGUCUUCCUGCAACUGAAGCGGAAGCGGGGAGGUGACGUGAGCGACUCCAAGCAGUUCACCUACUACCCCGUGGUGGAAGAUAAGGAAGAAGUGGAGAGGAAACGCAAGAAAGUCCUGCCUCAGUUUCCCCAGCACUUUGGUGGGGGCUCACACAUGGGAGGUGCAGGCGGGGGGGCUGGGGGCUUCGGCUCUGGAGGAGGCGGUCACCUCAGCUUCCCCUACUCCCCCGGGCUGGCCUACAACAGCAUCUACUCAUCCGGCCCGCACCCUGUGGGGGGCUACCAGGGGGGUGUGCAGAUGAAGGGCCCUGAAGCAGAGGGACCCGGGAGCGACAGGCAGGCACCUGCAGAGACCACGUACUGCAAGGACCUGCAGCAGCACGCCCAGCUCUGCCAGCUGUGGAUGCUGGCGCUGGCCCGUCGCAAUGCCCACGCCCUGCUCGACUACUCGGUCACCGCCGACCCCCGCAUGCUGCUGGCAGUCCAGAGGCACCUGGCCGCAUCACAGGAUGAGAACGGAGACACGCCUUUGCACCUCGCUAUUAUCCAUGAGCAGACAGCUGUGAUCAAGCAGCUGAUCGAGGUCAUUGUUAGCAUCCCCAGCCAGCAAAUCAUCAACAUCUCCAACAACCUUCAGCAGACACCACUGCAUCUGGCAGUUAUCACCAAGCAGCCCCAAGUAGUCCAGCUCCUCCUGCAAGCCCACGCCGACCCCACCUUACUGGACCGCUAUGGCAAUUCCUUGCUGCACCUAGCACUCCAAGCGGGUGAUGAAGACAUGCUGAGGACACUUCUGGCCCACCUGGGCUCAGCUGCCCCUUACCUGCUCCGCCUGCCCAAUUUCCACGGCCUCCUGCCUGUGCACUUGGCCGUGAAGGCAAAGAGUUUGGCCUGCUUGGACCUGCUGGUCAGGAAGGGAGCAGAUGUGAACGCAGUGGAGAGGCAGGGUGGGAGGACUCCCCUGCACCUGGCUGUGGAGAUGGAGAACCUGAACAUGGCCACUCACCUGGUGAAGAAGCUGGGAGCAGAUGUCAACAGCCGGACUUUUGCGGGGAACACCCCCCUGCACCUGGCUGCCGGCCUGGGCUCCCCCACCCUCACCAAACUGCUCCUCAAGGCUG